AUGAGCAACGGAAACCCCGGCGAUGAGGCCCUGGCCCAGGUCUUGACCUCCCUGCGCUCCAUCCAGCAAACCCAGACCGAUCUUGUAGCUGCCGUCGACUCAUUGACCCAGCGGUAUCACCAGCUGUCCGGUGAUGCAAAUGUUGCCGCCGCCCUUGAUCCGAGUCCGUCUCUCGGUGUCUCCUCCGAUCCACCCGGCACGCCCAAUCUUCCUGCUGCCGCAGGCGGCUCGGACCAGCAGUCCUCCGACUUGACUCUGCAGGCUCCGGCCGUUCCCUCCUCUCCGAGCCAGCGAUCUGGUCUAACGUCCCGCAUCAUCCUCACCGGGGGUUCUUACUCCAUUUACUACGCACUCGCCGUUGCCAGCAAGCAGCUCAAUUUGGAACACAGGCCCGACUUCACGAACACGGAACCCGCCUCCAAGAUCGGCCCAUUUCCUCAAUGGGGAGACCCUAAGAAGAUUGUCGCCAUGGACCCCUGGGGCCACUUGUCACCGUGGCUGUUCAAGGACACCAUUGAGAGAGACAACGUCGAUAUUCGCCCGACCAUCGCCAUUACAAAGGCUCACAUGAAGCUUCCUGAGCUCGAGGAAAGUGUCCGGAGUGGCAGACUCGUCCCGGAUGGCAAAGUCUGCCUCAAUAAUCUUGGAGAACUCGCAGUGACCAAAUUUGCCGUGGAGCCGGUAUGGUACCUACCUGGAGUGGCCGAGCGGUUUGGCAUUGAUGAGGGUGCUCUGAGAAGGUCGCUAUUCGAGCACACGGGUGGCAGCUACCCCGAGUUGAUCACUCGUGGAGAUAUUAAGGUCUUCCUCCCCCCAAUUGGUGGUCUCACUGUGUACUGCUUCGGCGACCCGGCCAAGAUGUCGGACGAGUCGGUGCGACUGGCCCUACGCAUCCAUGACGAGUGCAACGGUAGCGACGUCUUCGGAUCCGACAUCUGCACAUGCCGUCCUUACCUCAUCUUCGGCAUCGAGGAGGCCGUAAAGGAGGCACAGAAUGGUGGUAGUGGCGUCGUUAUUUACUUUCGAAAGGAAGGAAGGGCUCUCGGCGAAGUAACCAAGUAUCUUGUGUACAACGCCCGGAAGCGGGGUGAGGACCGAGCAUCAGAUUACUUCAAGAGAACCGAGAACAUCGCAGGCGUCAAGGACAUGCGAUUCCAAGCCCUGAUGCCGGAUAUUCUACACUGGCUUGGAAUCCGCAAGAUCGAUCGCAUGCUCAGCAUGAGCAACAUGAAGCACGAUGCCAUCGUCGGACAAGGCAUUCCUAUCCACGAGCGAGUAGAGCUGCCAGAGGAGUGGAUCCCGGCAGACUCCCGAGUUGAGAUUGACGCGAAAAUCACUGCAGGCAAGGUACUUCACCGCGGGAAAACGUAUGACGGAGGACGAGUUAAGAGCUGUCCAAGGCCGUCUCUGGGAGGAUAUCGACCACUAGCCUCCGCAUUUUACGUCUGGCCCGGGGGCGGGACAAGGGCGAGGUUAGGUCGGCGGCUUAACAGCAGCUCGGCCAAGAAACUGGGAGUCGAGCGAGCUGGGAACAAGAGAUUGUCCAAGGGCAAGAAGGGCCUCAAGAAGAAGACCGUCGACCCCUUCUCCCGCAAGGACUGGUACCAGAUCAAGGCCCCGGCCCCCUUCAACGUCAGAGACGUCGGCAAGACCCUGGUGAACAGAACCACCGGUCUCAAGAACGCCAACGAUGCUCUGAAGGGCCGUAUCCUCGAGGUCUCUCUGGCGGAUCUCCAGAAGGAUGAGGACCACGCUUUCCGCAAGGUCAAGCUCCGCGUCGACGAGGUCCAGGGCAAGAACUGCUUGACCAACUUCCACGGACUUGACUUCACCUCCGACAAGCUCCGUUCCCUCGUCCGCAAGUGGCAGACCCUCAUCGAGGCCAACGUCACCGUCAAGACCACCGACGACUACCUCCUCAGACUCUUCGCCAUCGCUUUCACCAAGCGCCGCCCCAACCAGAUCAAGAAGACGACAUACGCCGCCUCUUCGCAAAUCCGUGCCAUCCGCCGCAAGAUGACCGAGAUCAUCCAGCGCGAGGCCUCUACCUGCACUCUCACCCAGCUCACCUCUAAGCUCAUCCCCGAGGUCAUUGGCCGUGAGAUCGAGAAGUCCACCCAGGGCAUUUACCCCCUGCAGAACGUCCACAUCCGCAAGGUCAAGCUCCUCAAGCAGCCCAAGUUCGACCUCGGUGCCCUCAUGGGUCUCCACGGCGAGUCUGGUACCGAUGACCAGGGACAGAAGGUCGAGCGUGAGUUCAAGGAGCGCGUUCUGGAGGAAGUCUAA